UCCUCAUUGGCUGUCGGUGAUAAUCGGUCAACAAACGGAGCGUAGGGAGGCAGGAGGGCACAGUGCAGCAUGUUUACAGCCUACAUACACAACUAGCUGUCCUCUGCGAUUACAAGCGUUAUAAGAGUUUUUUUUUUUUCCGGAGAAGCAAACUCUUUCCAGGACGGCUGAAGACGAUGUUGCUUUGCCGCGCGGGGAGGCUGUCUGCGGCAGCUUUCAAGUCCGCGGGCUCGUCACUGGUGCGAGUCAAAGCACACAGGCUUGGAGACGGCACUUUGACGUUACGCAAGGGCCACACGGUCUACCGGUGUUUCUGCCUACCAGCCAAGGGUGUCUUUUCAACUCCUGUGCGUUUUGGGGAAGAGAAACCUGACACGCAACCAGCCCAGAACUGGCACACGCAGGCUGGUCUCGUAAUCACGGACUGGGCUCACUCGGACCGGGUUUCUGCCAUAGCUGUGACUCUUUCGAGAAGCGUGCAAAGUGAAGGCGGGUUUUCAGAUACUAUCAGGCAUCCGAACAGGAGCUGUAACAGCAGAGGAGAGCCCGCGGGAAAUGGUUUGUUUACAGGUAACUGGAGGGUUUCAAACGGGACCAUGCAGACCAGAUCCUUGUCCACCGCCGCGGCCACGAAGAAGACGACGAGCAGCGCCGGAGAGGAGCAAACGGGUGACAACAACAAAGGGGAGGAACAGAAUUUAAAGGAUGUCUCUACCGCCGCCUCUUCUACUGUAAAGACCACGGAGGAGCCAGAGCCAGAGGGGGGCAAACCCACCAAAGCCCAGCAGCUAAAGAAAGUCUUCAAGGAGUACGGAGCGGUGGGAGUUAGCUUUCACGUCACGAUCUCGCUCAUGUCCCUUGGAAUGUUCUACCUCCUCAUAUCCAGCGGGAUCGACAUGGCGGCUCUGCUGUGCAAAGUGGGCUUCAGUGAAGCCAUCGUCCGCUCAAAAAUGGCGGCAGGGACCAGCACGUUCGUCUUGGCCUACGCCGUCCACAAGCUCUUUGCGCCAGUUCGCAUGAGCGUCACUCUGGUGUGUGUGCCUCUCAUAGUGCGCUACUUCAGAAAGACUGGUCUCUUUAAACCUCCCACACCUGCACCCUGAUGGUCCCCCUCGUCUGCCUCAUUAAACAACAAACAUUCUGACUGUUAAUGGCCAUAAUUAAACCGCCUGUAUAUCUUUACUCAUUGCCUUCAUCUUGAGAUGCCUCGUCUGUUGUUGUUGUUGUUGUUGUUGUGAAUCCAGGUGAAACAGUUCCUGCAUUAGUAUCAGUUGUAACAUAAUCAAAGUUUUAAAUUGUGUUACUGUAGGUUUUAAAAGUCCAUAAAACAAGGGCAGAAAAGCCAAAGUAUUUAUUUACAAUCAGAAGUUGCGAUCAGGGAUUUCUUUGUUUCUGUGAGUAGGCAGGUUUUUCUUUUAAUGCUGUCAAAGUUCUCUGUAGGGGCAAGUGGGAAAAGCUGAUCUGUCCUCCUCCACUGUUGCCGAUAGCUGACUCGUCCAUGUUCAGAUGUUACGAGUCAGCAGAAUAUAUCGGGUUCUUUCUGUCUCUCUUUUCCUCUCUCUCUCCUACCCUGUUGUUAUUUCCUGCUGUUGUUUUUACCCUCCUCCUAUAUCUCUCCUCAGCAUCUAUUUUCUUCCCCUUAUAUUCUCCCUUCCUAUAUCUCCAUUUCCCCUCCCUCUUAUUCCUGAUUUCUAAAAAUGAAACUGGCCAAGGAGUUACUUCAAGCACAUUAACCAAUGAGUGAAGCUGACUGUGGUUUAUUGCAGGUUUUGGAUAAAAAAAAAAAAUGGUCUGUGAUGGUUUUUUUCAGAUUGAAUGGACCUUAUUUAACUAUUAAAAAAGGAAUAUUGUCUUUUA